AAGUUGUAUUUUUAAUGUUUUCAUUUCAACCCUGGUCUUCAAGCCACUUCCGUUUUUCAAGCAAGCUACUUCCGAAGCAACUUGAUGCGACAACUCAGCACUAUUGAUAGGAAAAUGGACAGAAUGAACGUGCCCCCUUCGGGCCCUUUGGACCUUCCUCUGUCCCUGCUGGAGAUGGGAUGCUCUGGCAGGUUUGAGCUCAUCACACAUACUUCGCCGGGUUCCCCUUUCCCUCCACAGAGUACGCUCCCUAAUGGGCUUCCUCCAACCAGUCUGAGCCUGGAGGCUGAAGUAAAGAAACAGUUUUUACAGGAUCCUGCCUGGCUUCCUUUGCACGACACAGACUUUGCCUUUCAGAAAUUUCUCAAAGUGACACAGAGAAACGUGAAUAUCGACUCUCUGAUCAACUGCGCUGGAUCUCCACUGCAUUCUGGUCUUUCUGUCGUCAGAGAUCCUACAACAGGGAUGCUGCUAGAUUUUACAGAGGUUUCAUUGGAGAACACUGACCUUUCGUCAAAGAACUCGCUGUCGUUACAACGCAAACCGGGACCUCCUUCUGAGAGCCUUAGAGGAAGCAACACAAACUACCCGUUCCUACCUGGAGGUAUGGAGGAACUUACUCUGGACCAAAUCAAGAAUAAGUCGAAGCUUCAACAGGACAUAGACUUUGAGAACGAUUUGCUCCGAGUUCCUCCUGGUUUUAAAGCUGGAAUGGACUUCAGUGACAAAGACAUCAGAGUUGCGAAACCAGAGGUCAAUCUCAUGUCGCUGCUGUCAACAUUGGAUGAUGUCACCGACUUGGGGGGUGACACAGAAGGAAAAGACGAAGUCCAAGGACAAAACGAUUCCGCCAUACUCCCAAGGACAAACAGCCUUGAAGAGCUGGGCAUCAAGGAUGCAGUGCCAUCCUCUCGCUUCAGCAAGGGAAAAGAUAGAAACUCAAAGCAGAGUGAAAAGGCAGAAGAAACAAAGAAAUGGGCAAUUCCUAUUGACAUAAGUUCACCCUGUGAUGAUUUCUACAAACGCAUUCCUCAUCCAGCUUUUAAGUGGCCAUUUGAGCCCGAUCCGUUCCAGAAACAAGCCAUAUUACGACUAGAGGCGCAUGACUCUGUGUUUGUAGCGGCACACACGUCAGCUGGGAAAACGGUAGUGGCUGAAUACGCUAUCGCCCUCUCACAGAAGCAUAUGACGAGGACCAUCUACACCUCCCCAAUCAAGGCCUUGUCCAAUCAGAAGUUCAGAGACUUCAAAACCACUUUUGGGGAUGUUGGUCUUCUCACAGGUGACGUCCAGCUCAGUCCUGAGUCUUCAUGUCUUAUCAUGACCACUGAGAUCCUCAGGUCAAUGCUUUACAAUGGUUCAGAGGUAAUCAGAGACUUGGAGUGGGUCAUAUUUGACGAGGUCCACUAUAUUAAUGACGCAGAGAGAGGGGUGGUGUGGGAAGAGGUUCUCAUCAUGUUGCCUGAUCACGUAAGCAUCAUUCUCCUGAGUGCCACCGUACCAAAUGCUCUAGAGUUCAGCGAGUGGAUCGGACGUAUUAAGAAGAAGCACAUCUAUGUAAUCAGCACAUUGAAGAGGCCUGUGCCUUUGGAGCAUUAUUUGUACACUGGAAACAGUACAAAGACCCAGAAAGAGAUGUUCUUGCUUAUGGAUGCUGCGGGGAACUUCCUUACCAAAGGGUACUACGCAGCUGUAGAUGCAAAGAAAGAACGUACCAGCAAAUAUGCCCAAUCUUUUGGAACAAAAAAUACAACCCACAACACCACAGCUAGUCAGGACCGAGCGGUGUGGCUCACCCUAUUGCACUUCCUGUCCAACCGGCAGCAGACCCCUGUGGUUGCAUUCACCUUCUCCCGCACCCGCUGUGAUGAGAACGCCCGUUCACUAGACUCUAUGGACCUGACAACUUCCAUUGAGAAGGCCGAGAUCCACUCAUUCUUCCAAAAAAGCCUGAGUCGUCUCAGAGGAGGAGACAGACAGCUGCCUCAGAUUGUGCUGAUGCGUGAUUUGUUGAAGAGAGGCAUAGCAGUCCAUCAUAGUGGAAUCUUGCCCAUACUGAAGGAGGUCAUUGAGAUGCUCUUCUCAAGAGGUCUCGUAAAAGUGCUCUUUGCGACCGAAACUUUUGCAAUGGGGGUAAACAUGCCUGCCAGGACUGUGGUGUUUGACAGCAUCCGUAAACAUGACGGAACCGGCUUUAGGAAUCUACUGCCUGGUGAAUAUAUUCAGAUGGCCGGCAGAGCUGGUAGAAGAGGUCUUGAUGCUACAGGCACUGUCAUCAUUCUUUGCAAAGCCGGUGUUCACGAGAUGUCUGAUCUGCAUGUCAUGAUGCUGGGUAAGCCCACCACCCUUCACUCACAGUUCAGACUGACUUACACCAUGAUCCUCAACCUGCUGCGAGUUGAGGCUCUACAUGUAACAGACAUGAUGAGGAGAAGCUUCUCUGAAAGCCACAGAGACACUCAGGCAUAUGAAAAGAGGAUCACUCAACUUAAGGAGACAUUGUCCACUCUGCCUGUUUUGGCCAAUGAUGGCCAACUCUCGGAUUUGUUGCCAUACUACCACACCGUGACAGAGCUUCAGACCACAAGAAACAUCAUACAGCGUGCUAUUCUAGAGUCAGUCAACGGACUGAAAGCUCUGUCUGUAGGCCGAGUUGUGGUGGUGAACAACCAACAGCAUCUCAAUGCCCUGGGAGUUAUACUACAGGUGUCCAGUGAUUCUGUGAAUCGCAACUUUACGGCACUCAUCAUAUGUGACAAAGGCAACGAGGAAGGAGAAGGAAAUAGUGGCGACAGCCGAGCUUUUCCUCACCUCCACAACAUUAUGCUCUUCAUCCCUGAAGGCCCAUGCAGCCACACAGUGCAGAAGUUAAAGCCACAGGAUAUCACUGGCAUCACAGUAAAGACCCUCAAAGUAAUUCCUGACAGGAUUAUAGAUAACUAUCAUAAGAGACAACAGCCCCGAUUCAGGACUGAACCACCCGGCCAAGCAAUCUCCACAGCCACCCAAGAGCUCCUUCGGUUGGCCGAAGCUAACCCAGGUGGCAUCGCCACCCUCGACCCAGUCAAUGACCUCCAGCUGAAGAGUGUCGACGUGGUCGAGGCCUCCAUGCAUCUCCGCAUGCUGGAGGACAGCCUGAGAGGAUUCAACUGCAUUCACUCGCCAACUUUCGCAGAGCAGUUUGCAAAAGUGAAGGAGAGGAUGAGUGUACAGGAAGAGAUGGAUAAACUGGUUUUCCUGGUCUCGGAUCAGUCAUUGUCUCUGCUGCCUGAGUACCAUCAGAGGAUCAAGGUACUGCAGUCGCUACAGUACGUAGACAGCAGCGGAGCCGUUCAGCUCAAAGGCCGCGUGGCCUGUCAGGUCAGCAGCCAUGAGCUCCUGCUCACCGAGCUGCUGUUUGAGAACGCACUGAGCCCGCUGGCGCCCGAGGAGAGCGCCGCUCUGCUGUCGUGUUUGGUUUUCACACAGAACACGCAAGUGGAGCCGCACAUUACCAGCACUUUACGGGAGGGUAUUGAUCGUGUGUUGUCAGUCGCCCAGCGUAUAGGAGAGUUGCAAAGGGAAUGCGGGUUACCACAGACAGCAGAAGAAUUUGUGGGCCAGUUAAAAUUUGGCCUGACUGAGGUUGUAUACUGCUGGGCUCGAGGCAUGCCGUUUGCGGAGAUCGCCCAGCUAACAGAUGUCCAGGAGGGAACAGUGGUGCGCUGCAUCCAGCGUUUGGAUGAAGUACUGAAGGAGGUGCGCCAGGCCGCCCGCAUCGUGGGAGACUCGGUGCUAGGGAGCAAGAUGGAGAAGGCCUCCCUCGCCAUCCGGAGGGACAUCGUCUUUACCGCCUCCCUCUACACCCACUGAGAGACGGCAAAUCCACACUUGCUUAAAGACACUUCAACUUUUCAACAUUUUAUUUCAAGCGGCUUACACGUGCACUGCUUUUUAAUGUUUUUUUUUAAGGUGCACUAUCCCACACAGUAGAAUGAAAAGUUGUGAAACGGCUCUCAUAAAUGUUCAGUGUACUUGAGGUGACCAACACAGCACACCACACAGAUAACGAUAUCUCAGCCAAGAAUUGCAAAUCCCCCGCUCCCCAAACCAGGUGUCUUGCCAACAUACUCGGAUUGACCUCGAAGAGGCAACUUAGUCAGGAAAUCUGGACUACCAGCAGUUGGAAAGAGGAAGGUUGACAAAAUGGCGGAAGCUAGGGUAGCUAACUUCAAAUUCAAUAUUGACAACACACAUAAAGAUUUGUGAUGGGUGGGUGAAGCUGGUCUGGCUUGGGGUUUGUAGGUAGGAGGAUGAAAGCUGCAUUAGCCAUAUACUGUAAGUAUUGUAUUAUGACAUGAUCCCCAUGUGACACAUUGUAACAUACCUUUGAAUUCAUCCUCAUGCCAUCAUUUUUUUAAUUUCUUUUUUUUUUUAACCACUUUUUGUUACCUUUCCCUUACCAUUUCCUACAGUUUCAGUAUUGGUCCUCUGCCGUUGCAUACUUGAUAAACAAUGGCCAACAAAUUUGACACGGACAAACAACAGUUCAGCACAGCGGAAUAACAUUAUCUGUAAAUAUGGGACAUAUUCAUCAGUUUUCUAAAAGGAUAAUCCUGUUAAGGGUCAUAUCCAAGUUGACUUCCCGGACUGAUCACCAAGCCAGUUCCAGGGCGCAUCGAGCCAUUCAGCCAUUCACACUCAACAAUCACACUAUCACUUAUUGGCAACUGAGCCCAUGCUACAUCAAAGUCAGGCAAGUUCCACCUUAUUUGUCUUAGUUUUAUACCAAAAGGCUUUUGCAUCAAUUAUUCAACAGACUACUGUAAAUGCACCGUGAUGUGUAAGUUUCGCUAUUACCUGAAUGAAAGGGUGCUGAGACAAUGGC